AUUAGGAUAAUUAUACAUAUAUUAAUUGUAUAUAGGUGUACGACUGUUGUGUGACUAUCUUUUCUUGAUUAUACAAAUUUGACCAUUUUACAUUAUAAUUGCGCGUUUACUGGGCACAACAUCAUCAGCAAUAGGACUAAUAAGUUGGGAUAUGUGCAAUCUCUCUUUGAUAUAAAUCCAAAUAGUAAUGUCACAAUUAGCAUGAGAAAUGAAUAUCAUUCAUUACACUGUUAAUCACAGGUCGGAAACUAUGGCUGCUAAAAAGCUCGUUUAUCCUGCGGCAAACCGUAAUAAGGAUCCUAUAUUAUCAGUUUUGAAACGAUACAUCCAACGCGGUACCAAUCAGACUUUGCUGGAAAUAUCCUCCGGUUCGGGACAACAUGUGGCGCAUUUCGCUCCGCAUUUUCCACAUGUCACGUUUUAUCCCUCAGAGUACGAGCCACGACUUCUGGAAAGCAUUGCCGCAUACGCAAACGAAUAUUCAAAUAUAAAAUAUCCCCUAAGAAUUGAUGUCACCACGGACUACCGAUUGUGGGGUAAUGGUAUCUUCAAGCCGAACAGCUUGGAAUACGUAUAUAACGCAAAUAUGAUGCAUAUUGCACCGUUUGAGUGCACCAUCGGUUUAUUUACUAAUGUGGGACAAUUGCUGAAACCAAACGGAUUGUUAAUUACAUACGGACCGUAUGCCUUUAAUGGUCAGAUUACACCGCUGAGCAAUGUAAAUUUCGACAAAUCUUUGAGAUCACAGGAUCCGAGUUGGGGUUUACGAGAUGUAAGCGAGUUGAAAAAGUUAGCUGAGAUAAAUGAUAUUAAAUUAAUCGAAAUUGUGGAUAUGCCCGCUAAUAAUAAAACGAUAAUUUGGAGAAAAAAUAUGCAUUAGUAAGAAUCGAAAAUG